AUGAACCACAGUAUCAUUCGACUCUCUCUACGGGGUCUUUCACACGGCCGAAUUUCUCCCCGGAAUCUACGAAUCCCAUGUGUCCCACUCUCUACCGUCACAACUAGCUUGCCUUUGACUCAAGGUCGUAGCUUUGGCAGCUCACCCGCCUUGUAUAAGAAGAAGGAGAAAGCAAAGAAAACCGCAGCUUCAGAGCCCGAACCUUCUUCUACUCCAGUCAGCACAGAAGACCCAUUCGAUUUAUCUCAACUGAACACCGGGGUCUCCGCUGCAGUCUCACGCUUGAAGGAUGAUCUAUCGAAGCUUCGUGCAGGUGGACGAUUCAAUACCGCGUCAAUUGAAGGGUUAAAAGUGCAACUAGGCAAGGAGAUUCAAGAUUCGUUCAAACUCCGCGAUUUGGCUCAAGUUGUACCAAAGGGUGGACGGAUGGUUACCGUUCUAGUUUCUGAUGAAGAGCAUAUCAAACCAGUCACAUCUGCAAUCGUCUCCUCAAAUCUGUCCUUAACCCCUCAACCGGAUCCUCAUAACGCUCUCCAGCUGAAUAUCCCAAUCCCACCACCAACCAAGGAGUCACGCGCUCAAGGUGUCCAGGCGGCUAAACAAGCCUUCGAGAAGGCAUCCAGUGCAGUUCGGGACUCUAGAGGAGCUAUGCACAAGCGUCUACAAGAUAUGCAGAAGAAGAAGUUGGCUCGACCAGAUGAUGUCCGCAAUGCCAAUAUCUUGAUGGAAAAGGCAACAGACAAAGGGCAGAAGGAGGUCAAGGAUCUUUUUGAAGCUGCUAAGAAGAGCCUUGAACAGGUCUAA